AUGACACUCACCGUCUCCCCCGAUCAGCCCAUCGACCUCCUAACCGGCUGGCCCAACCCCGCGCUCCUCCCCGCCUCCAUCCUCAGCCACUCCGCCACGACCGUACUAUCCAAUCGCUCGAUCGCAAACCCAGCCCUCCUCUACGGCCCCGAUGAAGGAUACGAGCCGCUUCGCGCACACAUAGCCGCAUGGCUGAGUGAUUUUUAUCAGCCGCGCGAGCCCGUCUCAUUGCAGCGCAUCUGCAUCACCGGCGGGGCCAGCCAGAACCUAGCAUGUGUAUUGCAAACCUUCACAGACCCGGUUUACACGCGGAAUGUAUGGAUGGUCGCACCGACGUAUUUCUUGGCCGCGCGCAUGAUGGAGGACGCCGGCUUCGCUGGGCGCUUACGUGGGGUCCCCGAAGAUGACGAGGGGGUCGACAUAGCCGUGCUAGAGAGCGGUUUACGGGCUGCGGAAGAGGUUGCCCUUCGCGAUGGGAAUACUGAGCCGAAACUGAAACCGCCCAGGCCCUGGCGCAAAAUCUACAAGCAUGUUAUCUACGCCGUGCCAACUUUCGCGAACCCAUCAGGGAAGAUUAUGUCGUUGCGUAGACGCGAGGCGCUCGUUCGUCUUGCCCGUCAAUACGAUGCGCUGAUCGUUACGGAUGAUGUGUACGAUUUCCUUCUGUGGUCAGCCAAGCCGGGGGUAGAGGAGAAUCUUGGUAACCGCGCGUUUGUUCCGCGCAUUAUCGACGUGGACCGUUACUUGGACGGUGGGCCACAGGAUGAAUGGGGACACGCACUAAGCAACGGCAGUUUCAGCAAGUUGAUCGGGCCCGGGGCCCGCACCGGUUGGGCCGAAGCGUCGGAAAAAGUUGCCUAUGGAUUAUCACAAACAGGCUCUUCCCGAUCGGGCGGCGCUCCCUCCCACCUAUGCGCCGCUAUCAUUGACCAGAUGUUCCCCACAGACAUCAUACAGAACCACAUCCGCGACGUCCUUCAACCGAAAUACGCCGAGCGCUACCACACCUUGUUAUCAGCAAUCCAGGAGCAUCUUGUGCCAUUGGGCGUUACAAUCCCACCACCGGCCGCCGUAGCCGGAGGCUACUUUAUGUGGAUUGGUCUACCCGCGCCGUUGGUCGCCGCGGAUGUAGUCGAACUAGCGCAGAGCGAAGAAAAAUUGCGUGUAUCUCCUGGUCAUGUGUUCCAGAUCCCCGGAGACCAGGUGAUUGAUGAGGGGUUUGCGGAUCAUCUGCGUCUCUGCUUUGCGUGGGAAGAACCACGACAUUUGACCGAGGGGGUGCGUAGGCUAGCGCGUGUUCUCAAGCGUAUGACUACCUAG